GCGCAACUUUGUUUACCAUUUUCAACAUUUGAUGAAAGAAAUGAUGUUCGUUGCACGGUGUAAUGUUAAUAAGAUUAAUAAAUAAUAUUGAUGCGAGAAAGUUUGAUUAAUAACCUGACCCUGUUGGAAAAUUAUUUAGUUGUAAUUUGUUUACCAACCUUUUGUGCUGGCGACACCGCUGCAGGUGGUAGUUAGUAACAGUCGGAUAAUAUUGCCGUGUUUAUUGUUUUUGUAAAAUGGCAACUUGCCAAAGUUAUUCGCCUAAUUAUUUUGCGCUGAAUGAUAUUUUAAUGACCGAAGAACGUGUGAGUUGUAGAAUUGAAGUCGAAGCGCCGAGAUUGGGUUUCUUGGAUUCCUCUUCAACAUCUGAUAACUUAACAGUGGGAGCAAAAGUAGAAUUCCCAUUAUGGAUGGCAGGACCACUUAAAAAAUUACAACCCCCUGUACUUAAUAUUGAACUACCAAAAAUAUAUAAAGAAGGAUAUAGAGAAAUUUUGGAGGCAGAUGCUGAUGCUGUUGUUCUAAGCAAAUGGAAUCCUUAUUUUUAUGAAUUAGGCAUGUAUGUGCAAAGGUAUAAUGACAAAGAAUCCAAACAGAUAGCAGACUGUUUGUUGCAGACAUUUCAAUCCCGUUUUCGAUUAGUUAUGGACUGGGCACUCAAUCCAAUAUCUGAUUCAACCUUGGGAUUGCAACUUCCCCGACUCGAAAGAGAUCUUUUUGCAAAUGGACAGAAAGCCAAAAUGCGGCUAUUAGAGUGGUUAAAAAUGGGCACUAGCAGUAUUCCUCCCUCCGAUGUUACGGCGAAUUUGAAGAAACGAAAACGCGCCGACUACGAGCUUUAUUGAUUACUGACAUUUUAUAAUAUAACGUGAAAAUAAAAUUGUCGCUUAACGAGAAUAUAUAUACAUAUUUUUUUUUGUUCAAAAAAAUCAGUUGAAAAUUUACUUCAUUUAUUACAUGAUACAAUUUUUUCUACAACGUUCAAUAACAAUUCUGCGAGAAAGGAAUUUAUUUACAAUUUGUAUUACGAGCUUAUUAACAAACUGUUACACAACAGCUCAUUUGUUAGUGGUUGACAAUACUUGCCUUUCAACUAAUAGAAAUUGCUUCUGAAAAUCUGAUCUUAAUAAUAAACAGUACCUUUAAAUUACAACAAUAUUACAAGAUAGUCUAAUGGCAGAAAACUUUAGAUGUAAUAAAUAACGAUAAAUAGGAAAAUAAUAAAAAAAAAUAUAUUAAAAAGUUGAUAACAGUAAGAACUACGUGUAUUUUUUUUAUGACAUAUACCGUAAAAUAAAAAAAUUAUUUAUACUUU